AAAUAAAAUCAUGAGAAUUGAACUUCAAAGUUUCGAUUUUUGUCGUUUGUUUUGGGCGAAUUAGAGGAUAAUUAAGCUACUGAAACGAAGCAACCAACCACCAUGUCGUCUAAUAUACUUGCUUGGAGCUGCACAGCAUGCGCCAGGAUCUUCUUAAAGGAGGAGUUGGCUAACGAACAUUCACUGUCAUGUAAAGGAAAGGAAGAUCAUCCGGAGGCUUUAACAGGACUUUCCCCAAUAACUCAAGUUGGUCCCAGUGACCAACCUCAGUGUGAAGUUGGUCCCAGUGACCAGCCGCAGUUAGAAGUUGGUCCCAGUGACCAGCCGCAGUUGGAAGUUGGUCCCAGUGACCAGCCGCAGUUAGAAGUUGGUCCCAGUGACCAGCCGCAGUUAGAAGUUGGUCCCUGUGACCAGCCGCAGUGUGAAGUUGGUCCCAGUGACCAGCCGCUGUUGGAAGUUGGUCCCAGUGACCAGCCGGAGUGUGAAGGCCCUGCACCCAUGAAGGAAACAUUCAUCAAGAAACCUGUGGAACCAAUUGGAAAUGACGUUACAACCACCACCAAAGGAUCUCAGCCAAUCGAACGCAGUGUUUCAAAGGACGCUUCUGUCAAAGUCAUGGCCUACAGGUGUGUAAAAUGUGACAGAUACUUCAAGACCUGGCUGAACUAUAAAAAACAUAUGAAGGCCCAGUAUCACAAAAAUAUAAACAGGCAGUUUCCCUGUCCGUUUUGUGCCAAUAAUGUCGGCUUCCACUCGGCAAAGAUCUUACGUAAACACAUCAGGCAACACCAUACGAAAACCAUUUGUAUUUUUUGCGAGAAAAUCUGUAAGGGUGAGAGGGCGCUGCAUAAUCACGUCAAACAGAAACACCUGGUUGCCAUGGCGCCUGGUAGUGCGUCGCGUUCGAGCGGUGUUGGAAACGUGGUCGCGUCACCAGGUUUGAAUUUACCCGGUAGCCAAUCAGAAGCGAGCAUGGAUUCUGUCCCUAUGGAAACUGAUCAAAACAAGAUUGGCGUACGCGACGCUGGCUAUCAGACAACGUCCGGGAAUCAAGUUGUUGUUGUUGUUGUUGAUCAAGCCAAAUCUUGCACUGCGAGUAAAGAAUUUGUCGAGUCAUCGCGUUCUCUUAACGGUGCCGGCUCAUCCGUCAAUACUGAUGCUGCGAUGAAUUCGUCCAAGUCUGAUAUUGGCGAUGACGAAAGUGGCAUCCGUCGGUUGGCAGCCUUGGGUUUAACUCCCGUUGCGUCUGUGAACACUGGUUCAUCUUUGAAAACCUGUUCAGCCUCUAACACCGGUUCAGCCUCUAACACCGGUUCAGCCUCUAAUACCGGUUCAGCCUCUAAUACUGGCGGAGGUGACCGGGAACCGGGCAAGUCUGGUCUCCUUCUGGAAGAUGACAUGCCGCUGAAUGUUUUCAUGCGCAAGGUUUACAAACCUGGUUGGGACAAAUGGUGGUGGGACAGAAACCAGAAAAACAUCGUGAGUUGGGAGAGGAAAACGCGACACGGGGGUCAGAGGUCAAAAUUGAAUUAUGCGAAGUUGAAUCAAGGGUUGCGUGAUGAGGAGUCGAAGAGACGGGGCGGGAGGUCACGUGAGCGACAGAUCGAUGAUAAGACGAGGGUGGCGUUUGAGAUGAAACGUCAUGGCGUGGCUGGGUCGUCAGUCAGUGGAAAAAUGGCUACUGGUGCAAAAUCGGCCGGUGUUAAAGUUGUGGAACGUUCAAAGGGUUCCAAAGCUAAGCUACCCAGAAAAACUGGACCAAAAGCUCGGUGGGAAAGUUCUGAUGGCGACUCCAAUGCUGCCUGCGAUUUCCCUGAUGACGACGAUGAGAGAUCCGCUAUGGAUGAACCUGUCGUGAGAAGCUAUUCUAAACUCCAUGGUUGGCUUCUGACGUGUUCUGUUUGUGACCAGGUGUGUCGUAAGGAGGCGCUAGCGAAGCACCGCAGAGCGCACUUCAGCGGCAACAAGUGGCAAUGCGCCCAUUGCCAGAUGUUAAUCAACUGCGAUUUUCUAUCCCAUCUUGGCAUGCACUUGCAGCAAGCGCGUAGCGGGAUUCGUCACUUCCGAUGCAAGAAAUGUGGCUUUGUUUCCGACAACGUCGCAAUUUACGAGCUGCACAUGCGCGACCACAUUAUCAGUAGUCAGUUCUGCGCGACUUGCCACAAAACGGUGGUCGGCGAUUACCUGGCGCACGUGAAAGAUCAUCGCCUGCGCAACAGCGCCACUUUAUGGAAGUGCGGCACUUGUAAGGAUUCGUUCAAAACUUCUAACGCGCUUGAGAAGCAUCUCUUGAGUCACACUGGGUUGCAGCGUGAAUUGUACGGCUGUCCGCUCUGCUUACAGUCGUUCGAUAAAAUAGCCGGGUAUUCUGACCACUUGCGCGGCCACGCGGACCGCGUAACUGUCCGUAUUUGCCUCUUGUGUGACGCCACCUGUUUUUCCGAGGAGGAACUAAUCAAGCACGCGAAAGACCACGUUGCGCAGGAUAAGGUCUGCGACGGUUGUGGUGUGGUUUUCCCAUGCGGGGACAAAAGCGCCAUCUCUCAACACGAAUGUGAACUACGCGGCGUUACUUUGAAUUGUAAUGAAUGUGGGGCGACUCUUUCCUGCGGAGAUGACGACGCCAUCUCACGGCACAAAUAUGUACUCGGUCGCUGAUUUGAAGUUAUCGUGUGUCUGCUUUUUGAGGAGGGGGACAAAUCGAAGUGUAGUUUCGUAAAUCAAACGUCACAGUAUCCAGCUUGUUAAUAAAGAAAAAAUCAAAAAUCUUGUGAAGUCACAGAGUUUCUUUAGCUAAAGCUACCCGCAAACAAGUGAUUUUAGUUGCUGCAACAUGCAAUUAUAAUCGAAUGUGCUCAGUGAUGCAGAUGACCCAUAUGUAAGGCCUGAGACUGCAAUAAUUUUUGUAAUUCACUGUUCUUGCGACAAAAAAUAAAGCUGUAUUUUGAUAAAAUUAA